AUGACCAUCAACCACACCAGGAUGGUCUUCCCGGGAGCGCGGGAACAUCCGCUAGCGCUCAGCUCUCGGCCCUCGUGCGUUCCAGCCGUCGCCCCGCGUCGCCUCGCGCUGGAGCGGUCGGUGUCGGACACCGUGGCCCCGGCCGGGGCGGAGCCCUGGGCGACCCUGGAAGCCCCCGCCCGCCUCCUGUUGCAGGCACUGCAGGCGGGGCCCGAGGGCGCGGGGCGCGGGCUGGGGGUUCUGCGUGCGCUGGGCCGCCGCGCGGAGCACUUCCCUUGGGGCGGCUUCCUCGAGGCGCUGGGCCGCGCUGAGCCCGAGGUGCGGGGCCCCGACGGCCGCCUAGAGCUGACCCCACUGUUGCUACGGCUGCCUGGAGUGUGCCGGAAGAACCUGAUGUCCCUGCUGAUGUCUGUUCGACCCUCGCUACCUGAAAGCGGCCUCCAUUCCGUACUGCAGCUUGCCCGGCGAGAUACAGCGUCUACGCCUGAUGCCUGGCUCCAUGCCCUCUGGGAGCUGCUAAGAAGGGAUGUGGGGACGGGAGUCUCUGCGGAAGGAGCCUCUCCACUGUCCACCAGCUGUCAGGCACAGCUCCGACACCUGUGUGGGCAGCUGGGCCCGGGGGGUCGGGGGUUGAAAUUGACUCUGGCUCUAGACCCUGACCAGGAGGACCAGCACUCCUCACAGCUGUGUGGGAGCCGCAGGAAGGAGCCAGAGGAAGACCCUGCCAGCCCUGAGUCAGAGAGACCCCCUAAGAGGUUCCGGGGUUUGGAGGAGGAGGAGGGUAAGGACCAGGAAGAGAAACCCAAACUGGAGUCGGCACAGUCCCCAUCGGACGCAGGAGGCGUGUCACCUGAUCCAAAGCAGACUCCUGAGCCUGGCCCGGGUGUGGAGGAGGCCAAGGGUCCGGCUCAGAGUGUGGAGUUGCCCCAAGUUGUCCAGGACCAGGUGCCCCGGCUGCAGCAGCUGCUGAAGGCCUUCCAGGAGGGUCUGGAGGGGAUGGAGCCUGAGCCUCCAGUGGACCUGAAGUUUCUCCACGAAUGUAGUCCCAGCCAGAUGGAGUUGCUAUGCAGCCGGCUCCCUCUGCCCCAGCUCCCUGAUGGAGGCCUCCUGCAGCUCUGCAGCUGCCUGCUGAGUCUCGUGCCAGCCCUCAGCAUUGGCAGCGCCUGUGUGUUAGCCAGGAGCCUCUUUCUUGACCGGAUCCUCUCCCUGCCGUCCUCCGCCUCCAGGCUGCUCAGAGUUGCCCUCAGCUCCUUCUGUGUGAAGUACACCUACCCCGUCUGCAAGGCCAUCCUCGUUCCCCUUCUCCAGGACCCAGGCGUGGGUCCCAUGCAGACCGAGGUGCUGUGCUCCCUCAUAAAGGAUGAGGCCCUGGAGCCAGACAUGCAGGUCCUGAUUCUGGGGCAGGUCCUGGAGCUAGCCUGGAGGGAGGAGACGUUCCUGGUGUUGCAGGCGCUCCUGGAGCAGCAGGUGGAGAUGACCCCUGAGGUGUUUAGUGUCUUGGUGCAGAGGCUCUGCAGAGAGGGGCCGGCAGCCACCACCUCCAUCGCCUACGCCAAGCUGAUGCUGACAGUGAUGACCAAGUGCCAGGCCAGUAUCACAGAGCAGCAGAGCCUGGACCUGGCUGUAGCCCUGGAGCCCAACGCCACCUUCCUGAAGAAGUCCCUGCAGGCAGCGCUGAGACGUCUGGCCCACUGACCACCCACAAAGACGUGACUCCCUGACCCCUUGCCUGGGAACACACUGAGUACAGCCAGCUCAGGAGUCAGCUGCCUCUUGCCCAAUACUCCUGGCUGUUCAGAGGCCAUCUUGACCUCAGAGAGGAGGUCCUAGGCCACUCUGGCUGCCAUUCCUGAUCACAGUAAAGGCACCUUGAGGACCAGUGGUCCAUGGGCAGUCUACCGGGAGAGCCGGGGUUCCGGUGUACUCGGGGUGACUUGUGCUCAGGGGUUGUGAACCUCCUUUUUUUUGGUUUCUGAACUGAAUGAUUUUGCAAUAGUUUUUAAUAAAAAGAAAAAAGUUCA